AUGGACGGCGGUGGUAUGGGUGGAGGCAUGGUGGGAGGCGGUGGUAUUGGUGGAGGUAUGAUGGAUGGGUGUGGUAUGGGUGGUAUGGAUGGUAUUGGUGGAGGCAUGAUGGACGGCGGUGGUAUGGGUGGAGGCAUAAUGGACGGCGGUGGUAUAGGUGGAGGCAUGAGGGGAGACGGUGGUAUGGGUGGAGGCAUGAAGGACGGCAGUGGUAUGGGUGGAGGCAUGAUGGGAGGCGGUGGUAUGGAUGGAGGUAUGAUGGGAGGCGCUUCUCACAUAGGUUACCCGGUUUCGACACACGGCUAG